GCCUGGUGUCCACUUCCUGACUUCACAGCAACAGGAGCCAACAAACAGCUCGGCGGAUCGUUUUGUCUCGAUUAGCUCCAGAUCAGCUCCGGAUCCCCGUCCAGGACCGUCCAUCGGGCCGAGCAGUGUCCCCGCUCUGCUGCCAUGGUGGAGACUCCGGCUGGCUGUCUGUUUGAAGACAUCCAGUACGAAGACAUCCAAGUUGAAGCGGCUGUCGGCAGAGGGACAUUUGGAGUUGUCUUCAAGGCCAUAUGGAAAGGAAAAGAUGUAGCCAUCAAGACCAUUGAGAGUGAGAAUGAGAGGAAUGCCUUCCUGGUUGAGCUCCGCCAGCUCUCCCGGGUCAGUCACCCCAACAUUGUUAAGCUGUAUGGCUCCUGUGACAAUCCAGUGUGUCUGGUCAUGGAGUACGCAGAAUGUGGAUCUUUAUAUAACCUCCUGCACAGCACAGACCCACAGCCCCAUUACACUGCAGCCCACGCCAUGAGCUGGUGUCUGCAGUGUGCUCAGGGAGUUGCUUAUCUGCAUUCUAUGAAGCCAAAGGCCUUAAUUCACCGGGACUUGAAACCACCAAAUCUGCUCCUUGUGGCUCGUGGUACCGUGCUGAAGAUCUGUGACUUUGGAACAGCUUGUGAUAUUCAGACGUACAUGACCAACAACAAGGGCAGUGCAGCCUGGAUGGCACCAGAGGUGUUUGAAGGUAGUAACUACAGUGAGAAGUGUGACGUGUUCAGUUGGGGCAUUAUCCUGUGGGAGGUCAUCACACGCAAGAAGCCCUUCGAUGAGAUUGGAGGCUCAGCGUUUUGUAUAAUGUGGGCCGUCCACAGAGGUACACGGCCUCCUCUGAUCAAAGACCUUCCAGAGCCCAUAGAGACCCUGAUGACCCGGUGCUGGGACAAAGAACCCUGCCAGAGACCGUCCAUGGAGGAGGUCAAAAACACCAUGAGCCAUCUCAUGAAGUACUUCCCAGGCUCAGACGAACCUCUCAAGCUUCCUCACCAGUCUUCUGCCAGCAGAAGCGGCUCUUCAUCAGCCACAAGCACAGGCUCCUAUGCUGACUACACCAUCAACAGUAACAAGAGUGAUGACAACACAGAACACAGAAACUCAGUCGGCAGAGAAGAAACCCUGAAAAGUUUUGAGGCCAAAUUUCCACUUCAGUUCAAACCCUCAAAGACAGCCACACUGCGUGCUGGUCUGUCCAGGGUGUCCAGUGUAGAGAGUCAAGCAGGACGCUCCCAAAGCCCCACCCACUGCACCAGCCCCAUCACCACCACCAGCCAAUCAGAACUGAGGAUGACAAUUAGUCCCACAGCGACUAAUGGUUUGGACAGCUCCAUUCCCCUGGCCUACCUGAAACUGGAUCACCAGUUACAGCCCCUGGCUCCGUGUCCAAACUCCAAAGAGUCCAUGGCCGUGUUUGAACAGCACAUCAGGAUGGCUCAGGAGUACCUUAAGGUCCAGUCAGAGAUCGCUCAACUGGUUCUGCGGAAACAGGACCUAAUGUCUGAGCUGGAGCAGGACCAGAGGGAGCAGCAGACUUCAUCUCGUCUCAUCCAGGAGCACAGCAAACUGCUGGAGGACAACAGCAACCUGUCUGCCUUCUGCCAGGGCCUGAAGAGCAAACUGAGCCUUAUCAAGAGUCAGAACCAGCAGCCCAGCUAGGACACAGUCCACAUCUCCUCUGGUCUUUUUACUCUGCUCGGCUGCCUCUUUCUUUGAUGGAUGAGAGGAAUCACUCCAUGAAGUGACCAUAAAGUAGGGAAGCCCAUUAUCUUGAGAAAAUAACAUUUUACUCACCACAACUCUAUGCAUCAAGAUUCCUAGAAACCAGUUGGUGCUAACUGGUACCAAUGCUGGUCAGCAAUCUGCCUCAAACAGAAGUGUGCUCCAAAAUUCCAGUCCAGAAUGUGAGUGAUACGACAAAUAGUUUUUAGUACUCACGCCAAUUAUGUUGCCAUACAGACAUUUCCAAUCAAGACUAAAAAAUCACUCCAAGAGGAGAAUACCAAUGUAGAAGCCAUUGUCACCACAGGAAAAGGCCUUCUAUGGGCUGAAAUAUGUGCCACCAGAAACUGAAUUUGAGUUAUCUAU